CAACCGCUUUAAUGACAGGUUGUAGCGUAACCAAGAAAUGUGAUGACGGUGGUUAGUGGCUCAAAAUCGUGUUUUAUUCAAUUUUAACAAAUCUAACGUCUCGUUAGACAUGAUUGCGAUCUGACGGCCCGAUUGAAGAAUUUUCUGGCACUAAUCAUCCUCCACACUAAUAAUGUCGUCGUCAGCUAUUUACAUUCUCGACGUUAAGGGCAAGGUCCUUAUUUCACGGAACUAUCGGGGCGAUAUAGACUUGGGGGUGAUAGAGAAGUUCAUGCCUUUACUUAUGGAAAAGGAGGAGGAGGGGCUGCUCACCCCUCUGCUCCAAACUGGCGAUUGCACCUUUGCCUACAUCAAGACAAACAACCUGUACAUUGUGAGCACCACCAAGAAGAACGCCAACAUUGCGCUAGUUUUCGUUUUCUUGCACAAGAUUGUGCAAGUCAUGACUGAGUAUUUCAAGGAGCUUGAGGAGGAGAGUAUUAGGGACAACUUCGUCGUUAUUUAUGAACUACUGGACGAAUUGCUCGAUUUCGGUUACCCCCAAACCACUGACAGUAAGAUUUUACAAGAGUAUAUCACACAAGAGGGCCACAAGUUGGAAAUACAGCCACGCAUUCCCGUUGCUGUAACUAAUGCGGUUUCGUGGCGUUCGGAAGGCAUCAAGUAUAGGAAAAACGAAGUAUUUUUAGACGUGAUAGAGUCCGUCAAUCUCUUAGCUAACGCGAACGGUAACGUCCUACGCAGCGAGAUCGUGGGGGCCAUCAAAAUGAGGGUCUAUCUCUCCGGCAUGCCUGAACUGCGUCUGGGUCUGAACGAUAAAGUAUUAUUCGAAAGCACCGGUCGCGGAAAAUCAAAAUCGGUCGAGCUAGAGGACGUCAAAUUCCACCAAUGUGUCAGACUAUCGCGGUUUGAAAUCGACAGGACCAUAUCCUUCAUCCCGCCGGACGGCGAAUUCGAACUCAUGUCCUACCGUUUGAACACACAUGUGAAGCCGCUAAUUUGGAUCGAAUCUGUCAUCGAACGGCACGCACACAGCCGUGUCGAGUACAUGAUCAAGGCGAAGUCGCAGUUCAAGCGCCGCUCGACGGCCAACAACGUCGAAAUCGUCAUUCCGGUGCCCCACGACGCGGACUCGCCCAAGUUCAAAACUACGAUCGGGAGCGUCAAAUACGCCCCUGAGCAAAACGCCAUCACCUGGACCAUUAAGUCGUUCCCGGGUGGGAAGGAGUAUUUAAUGCGGGCCCACUUCGGGCUGCCCAGCGUCGAAUGCGAAGACACCGAAGGCAAACCGCCAAUUCAAGUCAAAUUCGAAAUUCCCUACUUCACCACGUCGGGAAUUCAAGUGCGCUAUUUGAAAAUUAUCGAAAAGAGCGGCUACCAGGCCUUGCCGUGGGUGCGCUACAUUACGCAGAACGGCGACUACCAACUGCGCACCAACUGAUGAAAACUAACAUCAUGUACGAUGAUUUUUUGCAAAUAUAUUUUAAAACAAUCA